CUUGUCUUGAAUGCCCACAUGCCUCACCUUGUCCAUUCUUCCACCCAGCAGCAAAUGCCAGCUGGAAACGCUAUGCUAUUGACAGUUGAAGGAUCGGCCAUAGCUAUCUCCUCCUCUUCCUCCUCUUUCUCUUCUUCUUUUAUACUUUUUUUUGUUCCAUCUCCAAUCUCGGCCUCCACCAUGGAUAUCACUGCGAUGAUCGUCUUCCAAUCGCUACUCCUCCUCUCCAUCGCUCUUCCACAAUCCAUCUCGCUUCCGGAAGUGGUGGAUCACUCGGAUGAAAGUGGUAGGCGAUUGGCUAUACCUUCUUCGUGGGAAGAUCCAGCGCCGGACCUCACCACAUUGCAGUCCCACGAGCCUGUAAGCCACAACUCGACCAGAUUUGUGACGCCGGCUAGGAGGAAGCUAGGAUUGUUUCGAGAAUGCGCGCCCUGUAAGUGCUGUAGCGACAACACCCGGCGCUACUGCUACUACACCGCCUGCUGCUACCGGAUCGAUUGCUUCGCUCCCGGCCUCUCCUUCGGCCACUGCUCCUUCGUUCCAGUCACUUGCAAUUGCCUCAGAUGCUAGCAAACGCGAGCGACCAUGGCAAAUUCUUCCACAACCCGGAUUUGUCAAUCCUGGGCACUGUACAUUUUGGUGUCUCUCUAGAGAUUGAUUGAUAACAGUUAACAGCCAAAAGAUUCACAGCA